AUGCAACAGUAUACAUUUUCUGAGUAUGUAGAUAUGCUUUUGACGUUAGGUGAAUGUCAUGGAAGCGCAAGAGCAGCCGCACAACGAUACGGUGAAAAGUUCCCCAACAGAAAUGUGCCCAAUUACAAAACAUUUCUUUGCACAGAAAGGCGUUUGCGAGAACGGGGUACGUUAAAAAGGAACAAUUUUGAGAGAGGCAGGCGUAGAAUAAUUAGAAAUGUCCUGAAUGAGGAAAAUAUUUUAAAUUUAGUUGAAGCUAACGCCACACUUAGUACAAGACGACUAUCAGUUCAAAAUAACAUGUCUCAUAUGACAGUAUGGAGGAUAAUGAGAGAACAACAAUUGUAUCCCUAUCAUUAUAGACAGGCCCAAGACAUUUUACCACAGGACAGGCCCAUGCGCAGACAGUUUUGUCAGUUGGUUUUAGACAGGCAAGCCGACGAUCCGAUGUUUCUAUCGAAUAUUAUUUUUACCGAUGAAGCUAUCUUUACCAGAAGCGGUGUUUUUAAUAUGCGGGCCGAAGAAUAUCCUAAUGCUCGGAAGGUAACCCAUUAUCAGCAUUCAUUUAAAAUAAAUGUUUGUGCUGCCACAUUAGGAAAUAAUCUAUUUGGAUAUCACAUCAUGCCUGGAAAUUUAACCGGAGCAAUGUACCAUCAAUUUUUGUCUACUAGAUUGUAUGAAUUUUUAGAGGAUAUUCCGUUGGUAAGACGAGGUUCCUUAUGGUACAUGCAUGACUGCACCCCUCAUCACUUCAACCGUCAAUGUCGACAGUGGUUAAACGAGCAUGAUGCUGCUAUAAAUUGGCCUCCACGGUCACCAGACCUCAGCCCAAUGUAUUUUAACGUGUGGAGUCAAAUGAAACAAAAAGUGUAUUUCCAAGCUGUUGGCAAUGAGGAACAGUUGCGUCAGUGUAUAGAAAAUGCAUAUAAUGAACUCAAUGUGGAGCACAAACUAUACCGGAACCUAUUUUCUUUGGAAAACAGGUUACGUGCGUGCAUUAGGGCAAACGGCGGACAUUUUGAAAGUUGA